AUGGGUCUUUCUGGUCACUGCCUAUGCGGCGCCGUAACAUACACCGUCGAUGCGGAUCCCCUCAUUGUCGGGUACGACCACUGCGACGACUGCCAAAGACAGACGGGCUCUACCUAUUCACUCGUAGUAGUUGUCCCCAAGGACAAGCUAACCAUCAACGGUACAACCAAGAGCUACGCAAAGGCGGGCUCGUCUGGAAAGCCCGUACACCGUGUCUUCUGCCCCGAGUGCGGGUCUCCUAUCGCGCACGACCCGGAGGCAGCACCCCCGAUCAUCGCUCUCAAGGGCGGCACUCUUAGCGAUGCCGAUAAGAAGGCAUUGAAGCCCGCGCGCCCACACGUGGCCGUGCCGUCCCCGGAUUGA